UGGAUUCACAUCGCCAGGACUCACGCGCACAAGUAGCGCGCGCUCCUUCCCCCGCACGGCUCUCAACCAGAGACGGCCGCUCGCGCGCAGGUUCUACUGCGGCGGAGUCCUCCAACAACACGAGAGAAGAAGAAGGAGCAGCGCGCGCGCGCCGCGACACGCUCUUCCAUAAGAGCGCGCAGCCUGUGCGCGAGGCGCUCAUUGAUAAAUAACACAGGCGCUCGCACUCUCGCGCUCUCCGGGACACGGACGCAUGAAUGAUUGCCAGCGGCGGGAAUCUGUGAAGGAGAACCCCGCGCGCGCACGGGAGCGCACCGGAGGACUUUGAGCUGAGAUUCUUUUGAUUUGUUCGCCAGGAAAACCAGAUAAUUAUCUUCUUCUGGUUUAUUUUCUCUUCCAAACCUUGAACGACCCCGCGCUGCCCGCGGCUCGAUGCUCGACAAGCUGCAGCUCGACCCGGUAAUGGCGGUCAGCAAGACGGCGGGCUGGCUGCGCGAGCAGCUGGAGGCGCGGCGGCGGGACGACGGGCUGCUGCUGAUGGACUGCCGGGCCCAGGAGCUGUACGAGGCGGCGCACGUCGACGCCGCCAUCAACGUGGCCAUCCCGAGCCUCAUGCUGCGCCGGCUGAAGAAGGGCAACCUGCCGGUGCGCGCGCUGCUGUCGGACGGCGCGGACCGGGAGGAGUUCGUGCGCCGGUGCACGACGGCCACCAUCGUGCUGUACGACGAGGCCAGCCGCGACUGGAACGAGAACGUGGACGGCGGCUCGGUGCUCGGGCUGCUGCUGCGGAGCAUGAAGGACGAGGGCUACACGGCCUUCUACCUGGAGGGGGGCUUCAGUACGUUCCAGGCGGAGUACCCGGGUCUGUGCGACACCCUCCUGGACGGCGGCUCCCCCGCCGCGCAGGUGCUGGGCCUCGGCGGGCUGCGCAUCGGCUCCGACUCCUCGGACAUCGAGUCGGACUGGGAGCCGAGCAGCGCCACGGACUCGGACGGCAGCCCGCGGUCCGCCCCGCGGCCGCCGCUGCCCUCCUGCUUCCCGGUGGAGAUCCUGCCCCACCUCUACCUGGGCUGCGCCAAGGACUCCACCAACCUGGACGUGCUGGAGGAGUACGGCAUCAAGUACAUCCUCAACGUCACGCCCAACCUGCCCAACCUCUUCGAGCACGCCGGGGACUUCAAGUACAAGCAGAUCCCCAUCUCGGACCACUGGAGCCAGAACCUGGCGCAGUUCUUCCCCGAGGCCAUCGGCUUCAUCGACGAGGCUCGGGGCCGGCGCCUCGGCGUGCUGGUGCACUGCCUGGCGGGCAUCAGCCGCUCCGUCACCGUGACGGUGGCCUACCUGAUGCAGAAGCUCCACCUGUCCAUGAACGACGCCUACGACAUCGUGAAGACCAAGAAGGCCAACAUCUCGCCCAACUUCAACUUCAUGGGCCAGCUGCUGGACUUCGAGCGCACGCUGGGCCUCGAGGGCCCGUGUGACAACCGCGUGGCGGCGCCGCCCGGCCCGCCGCUGUACUUCACCACGCCCACCAACUACAACGCCCUGGGCUCCACGUGAGGCCGGCGCCGUGGGCCUUCUUUGGAAAAAGCUGAAGAAAAAUAAAGACGCUUUCUCUGGUUUCUCCGUGAGACGGAGGUUAUUGACGGCGGGGGGGCGGAGCCGCUCGCCGAGAGACCUCGUCCUCCUGAGGUCUCCUGUCUCCUCUGGAGUCUGACACACGAGGUCAUGGGGGUCAAGCUCUGGCUCCCGGACCGCGUGGCGUCCCCUCGUCUUCCGUGAAGACGGAACUGUUACACGCCGCUUGUGUGUGUGUAUAUAUAUAUAUAAUAUAAAGACGGUGAAGACGCUGCGUACCGAUCAAUAUGUUUACGUUGAUUAUGCCAAAAAAAAGAAUCAAGCAGGAUUUUUUAGAGAGACGUGUGUAAUAUAUAUAUUUUAUAUUUCCGAUCGCUUUACGUGUGAAUUCAGCCCCCCCCCCUCUGGGCCGUGAGCGGUUGACCUCUGGAGGUCGUCCCCAUCGCUCAGGAGGCUCCGCAGUCUUCAUGUUGCCAGUGGGAAGCCCCCCCCCCACGUCCCUCUCACAAAUGUGAAAAGAUAAUUUAUAAUGAAUAAAUUGAUAUUUUGUCUACA